AUGCAUGAGGAGCUAACGUCAUUUUCUGCUAGCGUCGUUGAUCGAAAGAUAUACGUAGCAGGAAGACAUGGCGAUUUCUUGAAGAACUCGUUAGAUUCUUUCGCAGUGUUCGACACGGCAACACAAAUUUGGGAUUCUAUGCCCAACACUUGCAGCAAGACAAAAGACAGCGGUUUACAAUCCAGAAGCGCAUGUUUUGAUGGAAAGUUUCACGUGGAUACUGAACAAGGGGUGGUUGCUUACAAUUCCAAGGAAAGUAGAUGGGACCUGACUGUACCAAGUCUCGAUUCUGUUUUGUUUCCGAACUCUCGUUCAGAUUCUUAUUGCGAGAUAGAGAAUGUUGUGUACGUGUUUUGCGGCGGAGUAGUCACAUGGUAUGACGCUAAGGUAGAAGCCACGUGGGGAUUUUUGAAGGGUUUGAUAGGACUGCCUAAGUUCCCUCCUGGUUGUUCUUGUAGAUUGGUUGAUUAUGGUGGUCAUAUGGUGGUUUUGUGGGACGAGAUUUUGCCUUCUAGUGGCGACAAGAUGAUUUGGUGUGCGGAGAUUGCGCUUGAAAGACGUGAGAAUUGCGAAAUGUUUGGGAAAAUUGAGUGGUUUGAUCAUGUACUUACGGUUCCUAUACAAUAUAAUUUCGUGAGUGUUCUUGUUGCUACCGUUUGA